CACUUGCUCUUCACCAUUUUGGUGAUAUCUGUGUGCUCUUCCAAUGGAGUCACCUUUUUGGAUGGAAACCCUGUGGUAGAGCUUUCUCUGGGCAGAAUUCAAGGCUCCAAUAUGACGAGCUUCAAGGGAAAUAAUAUCCAUGCUUUCCGGGGCAUACGGUAUGCCCAACCACCAGUGGGAGACCUGAGGUUUGCCAAUCCUCUGCCAGAACCUGGUUGGGGAGAGGAACUCCUCAACGCCACAGUGGAUUCCUUUGUCUGUCCACAACCUGGUAGCACCUCGUACAUGAGCGAGGAUUGCCUGAAGCUGAAUGUCUUUACCAAAAGCUUUGAGGACAAGCUACCAGUGAUUGUUUACAUCCACGGAGGAGCCAAUAUUAUAGGAAGUGGACAUAGCUCUUACGAGGCAGGACCUCAGUAUUUGCUGGACCAUGAUGUGGUUUUUGUGGCCUUCAACUAUCGUCUAGGAGCAUUGGGAUUCCUGAACCCCAAUAGCCAGGAAGUAAAAGGAAACUUUGGGUAUUUGGAUCAAGUGAUGGCCCAUUGAUGGCAAUGGGUUAGGGAUCACAUAUCCCAUUUUGGUGGGGAUCCGAACUUGGUAACCAUCAUGGGCAUGAGUGCUGGUUCCAUGGCAGUCAGUCUCCACCUGGCCUCGCCCCUUUCGGAAGGACUAUUCCACCGUGCCAUCCUGAUGAGUGGAUCUACAACAAACACGUAUACCAUUGAUAAUCCUUACUGGACAAGGAAACUCUCCCGAGAACUGGGCUGUCCCAUAUUCGAUCCCCAGGAUGUGGUGACUUGCCUGCGAAACGAGUCCUGGACUCGCAUUGUGGAGGUUUGCAAGGCCUGGGAAACUCAUCAGUUGACCAACAUGAAGUGGAACUACGAGAUCGAUGGGCACUUCUUGUCCAGACAUCCCACAGAAAUUUUCUGGGAUGGUUACUUUAACAGGGUUCCCUUGCUGGUUAGCUACACGAAAAAUGAGUUGGAUUACUCCCUCUAUGUUCACAAGGAUAAUGAGCCUUUACUCCACGAUCUUGCCACUCACUUCGAGGACUAUGCUCCGGGAUUGUUUCUCUACAAAGCCAAUGAGACCACAAGUCGGAGACUAAAAGAGUUCUAUUUGGGAGAAAACUUCUCAGAGAUCAAUGAGGAUAAUAUUAAUCUGUUUGGUGAAAUAUUUUCGGACAGCAUCCUGGGCCAUGGAAUCCAUCGUCUCGUGGCGCUGGCGUCUCCCGUCUACUAUAUGCGCACCGAUUACAUUGGCCAGAGAACCCUAAAUUCGCCAACUGAUGCGGAUAAAAGACCCAUUGGAGUGGCUCAUGCCGAUGAUCUGCAGUACGUAAUGCCAGGAUAUUGGUAUGGCACAGUUAUGGAAGAAGGAGAUCCCGAUGUCUUCAUGAUGGAGCGCUUUACCAGCUGGUUCACUCACUUUGCCAAGACGGGGACACCCCUUAACACCACCGAUAACUGGCCACCCUGCAACGCCACCUAUGCGAAGAUGCUCUACAACGGGGUGGCGACCCAGGUGGGUGACCCCGCCUUUGCCGAGCGAUACGCCGUCUGGGACGAGCUCUUUCCCACGGACGCCGGGAGCGGAGGCGCUGCCUGGAAACUCGGCCUCCCGGUCGCCAUCGCCACUGGUGUGGCCUGGCGGCUCUUUGGGAAAUUAAUGUAGCAAUUAGGUGUGGAAAAAGCUUAUCAAUAGGCCGUUUAGAUUGCGCUAAUGACGCCAGAGCUCGACUCUCGACUCCGAGUGCGACUAUUUACUUUGAUUAAUUAAUCAACAAAGGCGUGAGAUUUUCCCCGGUUCCUUGGGGCAAUUAGUCUUGCGUCUCGGAGCGGGCUUCGGCCUGGGCUUGGGCAGCUUAAAUACACAUUAAU